CUCCAGUAUGGACAAACCGAAUGCACGCCAGUGAUGAGCUUUUGUGCUCAGCUCAGGAAAUAGAGGCCUCAUGGACAAUUUCCAACGCCAACAAUCUGUGUGGAAUUUAGUGAAGGACAAUGUUUCCUCGUCUGAGCUUCCUGAGAUCCGAGCUGUACUGGGAGAAACACUGAUUGAUACGUACGCAGAGUUAUAUUCAGAGGUGGAGAUGUGGGAGAAGAUUUGGAAGGAGCUCUGUUGCUCAGAGAAGGGCAGCAGGCCAGAAGCCCCCAUAUUCCCUCUGGCUGACCCCCCGGCUGUUAAAGAGCUGCUAAAAGCAGAGAUUCAGUUGUUGCUGCUCACACUGAGGGAGAAGGCAGCCAGACAGGGCAGGGAUGAAGAGGAGGUCAUGGCCCAGUACAGUCCUAGUGUCGUGAGUUACGCACUGGGCAGCAGUAGCACACAGAGACAAGGGAGUCCAGGCAGCUGGUGUGAAACCAAAUCACCUUCCAGACCCCCAUCAAGUCUGAGCGAGACUAGAAGCAGGUCAGUCUCCAGCCUCUCGUCUCACUCCAGCUGUGAAGAAGAAAUCAAGGCCUUAAGACACAAGUUAAACAUCACCCAUAUAGAUGAGGUUGUGUCCCAUCUCAGGUCAGUCAUAACUGAAGAAUCUGAAGCACUGAAAAGAGACGUGCAGGUCCUGCAGGAAAACCUUGAGACUGAGAGAGCCAGUGCUCAGACAGAACCUGUAUCUCCAGAACCCAGUGUAGCAGAGCUCAAAGAAGAACGGAGACUCAUUCAGAGGAAUCUGAACGAACAGAGUUUAAUAACCAACAACACAAAUAAUCAGAGUACCAGAAACCCACACAUCCACAUAAGGGAGACAUGCAAACCUGCUCGCUCUGCAAAUUGUUUGGAAGGACCGAAACCAUUAAACUCAACAGUUUCCUAUUUGAAACCAUGUCCACCCAGAGACCUAAACCACAUCAGGAGUGAUCCGCCACUAAUGAGCUCAAGUGCUCAAUCCACGAUCCCUAUGUCUGCUUUGGAACAAGGGGACAAAGAGUGCAAGUACAGAGCAAAUUCACUAAGGGCUUCAACCUUCAGACUAGUUCCAGCAGCCUCAGUCAAAGCAUCCAGUUCUGUGAAAGACUUAUUCCUAAAGAUGGAGGUGACUAAAAAUAGUGACCUAGUCUGUCUCCAGCCCGCUCCUCCUGCAGUGCAGAGAACAGCCAGCAGGGGACAGAGGGGGAGCAGACAUCUAUGUCUUCCUCAGCCUGACCGACUGCUCAGUUCUCUGUGAGAAUCACUGUAUGCUGCUCUUCACUGUCACUGUCAGACAUUUAAACUGUUCAAUGUACAUAGGAAAAAACCCACAGCGAUAAAACACAAACCACAAUCUGAUCUUUAAAAUAAACUUUAUUUACCAUUUCAAAUUGAACAGUUUACAGCUGACACGACUAAGACAAUUUCAAUGCUGUUUGGCCCUAAAAUUGAAAAGACACAUGGUUAGAUACUGUAUGUUUGAUAAAGUACUGAGCUCACGUCAUUGUGCUUGUCAUUCUACUUCAGUUUUAUAUUGCCAUGAGCACUGAAGUACACACACUAUUGUAAAGACAUCGCUUCUUUUAGGAUGCAGGACAUGGGAGAGAAAGGUUUUAAUUUUUGCAUUAUUUUCUGCUACUUUCAAACAUAUUUUUAAAGUGUCGUAACAACAUGAAAAUACAUGAUACUGUUGACAUUAACCAAAAAAAUUCAGUUUCAACUGAGAUAUGCUGAUUCUGUUUAUAGUUUUAAUUAAUACAGCAAUAAACCUGUGCUCAAUGGAUAUUUCCAUCUUGGACCUAGAGGUAUUUGUGUUCAUAUUUUCCACCAAAUUCUAAUAUUUGUUUUAAGGUGUAUGCCGUCACAAUUAAAUUUACACUUAGAAAUAUCCAGGCCAAAUUAGGAGCAAAGUCCAUUUAAAUUUCUUAAUAUACCCAAAUACAAUUCCGUUAUUCAAUUUUGAUCGUUUUAAAUGCAUUUCAAAAAUAUUCAAAGUGUUAAAACAUUCUUUCCAGGUAAUCAAAUUUGCUUUCUCCAUUUCCUUUACAUUGUGCAUAAUACAUGAAACUGGAUCACAGGUUGACAGUAAUGUUCUUAAAGGGUUUGCAGCACUACAAAUACACUUGUGUACAAUACUGAGAUGAACAUAUAACAUUGUUGGCUUUAGACUGUGUCCUUCUUCAUCAAUAAACGAUUUCUGUUUGACCAGAUGCUGAUGAAAAAAGCAGUUUCAGUAAAAAGCUUUAGUUUGGCAAUGAGUUUGAGAUCAGCUGGCUUGAGGAGGUUUAGGGGG